ACGUGACUCAUUGUUUUGCUCCUUCUUCCGGGUUGCAUUUAAGGCAAAUCCCUGCAGAAUUAAUCGGCUCCACAACUUACUUUCAAACAUGUUCUAAUUAAUAUAUUAUGUAGCAACAUUUGAUUAGCAUGCCCUAGCACUCAUUUAACAUUUCGUCGGACAAAUACAACGUUGCGUGUAUAACUCGCGUUUGCAGCAAUUACAUUUGAGGAGCAUGGCGGCAGUGGACAGCUUCAAUUUGCUUUACAGGGAAAUUUCCCAGACAUGCAGCGGUUACCUCGAGAUGCUCGCCGUGGUGGGUGCUCUGUACGCGGCCAGCAAGGCUGUCAUCCUGCUCAAGGACUGCUACGUGCUGGUCAGGGUGCAUUUCCUGCCCAGGAUGAUCCCCAGCAGGAAGCUGAGGGAAAGAUAUGGAGACUGGGCUGUCGUGUAUGGCGCAUCAGAACCAGUGGCGCAGGCCUACGCCGAGGAGCUGGCAAGACACGGCCUCAGCGUCAUCUUCAUCACGAACAGCCGCUCCAGCAUCACCAACUUUGCCGCAAAUCUCUCCCAAAGCCACGGCAUGGAAACCAUCCUGGUCCCUGCCGACCUGGGUUGGGACGAGGCGGCCGGCAAGCUCGUCAAGGAAGCAGUGAGGGGCAAAGAUGUGGGUCUCCUUGUCAACUGCGUGGACGAGUCGUGCGCGUCUCCUCGGGAGCUGGUGGAAAUAUCCGACCAGAGGCUGAUGGAGGUGACAGCCAAUAAUGUUGUAGGCGCCACACUGCUGACCAGCUUGGUGCUGCCGGGCAUGCUAGAGCGCAGGCGAGGGGCCAUAGUCAACAUCUCGUCCGGCGCCUGCGGCAGGCCGAUGCCUGGGAGAGUGAUGCUCAGCGCCGUCACCGGCUACUUGGAUCAUUUCUCUCGAGCUCUCCACCUUGAGUAUGGCGCAAGAGGGAUCUUUGCUCAAAGUCUGCUUCCAUUUAGGUUGGCCUCCAGUAAGCAGCGCCCGGCAUCAUUCACUGAAGGCUGGUUGACGCCCACGCCGCAGGUUUACGUUCGCCACGCCAUCUCCACCCUCGGCGUGUCCAACCGGACCACCGGCUAUUGGCCGCACACACUGCUGUACGGACUGAUGAGGUGCAUCCCGGAGUGUCUUUGGGUUUCGGGCUGGCGGGUGUUCAUCGGUUAAGAUGUAAAAUUGUAUUAUCACUUUAUUCAUCCUCCAGAAUAAUUUCCACUAGCUGGAACCAACGCGUUGACCGCGCCAUCAACCCCCUCGGAUUGUUUGUGCUGACCAAGCAAAUUGAAUAAAUGAUUAAAAAA